CGGCGCUGUCGCAUCGCGGCUCUGAUUGGCUGCGGAGGAAGCCUCCGCCGUCCUCGGGGUGAAGGCAGCCAUGGAGGAGCUGAGCGCCGUGGGAGAGCAGGUUUUUGAUGCCGAGUGCAUCCUGAACAAGCGACUGAGAAAGGGAAAGUUGGAGUUUCUGGUGAAGUGGAGGGGAUGGUCGUCCAAGCACAACAGCUGGGAGCCGCAGGAGAACAUUCUCGACCCGAGACUGUUGGCUGCUUUCAACAAGAAAGAACAAGAAAAGGAGCUUCUGAUGCUUAAAAGACGCAAACGACCCAGAGGACGACCGAGAAAGAUCAUAGAAAACAUACCAGAACCCGAAAAAUCAAGCAGCUCCUCAUCUGCUUCGUCCUCGUCGUCCUCCGACUCCUCAUCCUCGUGCUCCUCCUCUUCUUCAUCAUCAGACGAUGAAGACGAGGGCGACGACGGCUACGUCAAACAGGCAAGCCCGACCGUCCGGCCGCGGGAGCUGCACCCCGUCCCGCAGAAGAAGGCGCAGAUCGUCAUGGCCAAGCAGGAGCCUCCAAGGAAGCGAAGCAGGAAGCCCCUCCCCCCCGAAGGGAAGGACUUCCAGAACAAGGGUCCGCGCAAAGUCCCCAAGACCGCCAAGGAGGUGGAUCUUCCCGGGGCCAUCAAGAAGCCGGUUCAUCCAGCGAGCUUCACCUUCAUGGGUUUCCACCGCAGCUCCGGCAAAGAUCCAGUGGCCGGUCAGUACCGGAGCCCGCUGGCCCAGGGUGGGCCGGCUAAAGGUCCCGUCGGCUCGGCCGGAUCCGGAAGGCCGUCGGUCCAAACCUCGUCUCUGCCCGCCAGCAAAUCCAACCAGAGCAGAAACGCAGCCGAGGGCAAACUCUCCGUCUCCAGCGUGAACAGCGGCGGCAGUCUGGAUUUGAAAGCCGCUGCGAGUAAGUCCAAAGGCGUCGCGGCUCUGAAUCUGAACACCUCCAAACAUCCGGUUCAGGGAACCACUCAGCAUACGCUAAGUCCGCCCGGCGGACAGAAGAAGCCGCACCCCCCUGGGUCCGCACUGCUGCGGGUACCCGGUGCUAAGGGCGGGGCUUCUCAGCCUGCUAAGAGCGCCUCCUCCAAUCAAGGCUCAAGUCUUCAGCCUCUAAACCUCCAGAAUAAGCAAAUCAGCGACGCUCCCGGCGGUGGCGCCACAGCGCCGCCGGGCCUGAGGAAUCCGGCCGUCCCUGCGAGAAAGUCCGUUGUCACACAGAAUCUGGAGACGGACGUCAGCAAAGGUCCCGCCACGUCUGGAAGACCGCCCGCCAGGAAGCCCCAGCCAGGAGGAGACAAGCUCAGAGAGAUGAACGAAAUCCAGACCGCCAAGGUCCAAGCCCGCCUGGACAAGAUCCAGAACCCGCGCGAGAGGACGGCCACUAAAGGCAGCAAGAAAGCCAAGAUGACAGACAUGAGCACGGGCGAAGAGGAGAGCAGCUCCGACUCGGACCAGGAUUCUCCGUACGCCGGGCGCGGCCACCCGGCGGCGGGCCAGAACCAGGACUGGAAGCCCACGCGCAGCCUGAUCGAACACGUGUUCGUGACCGACGUCACCGCCAACCUGGUCACCGUCACGGUCAAGGAGUCGCCGACCAGCGUGGGCUUCUUCAGCCUCCGCAACUACUGACAGACAAUCCGAGCAGCUCCGGGCUCCGGCAGGGUUCCUUAGUUCCUCCUCCAGUAGUCGAGACACAAUUUAGGUAAAAAAAAAAAAAAAAAAACAGGAAAAAUAGAGUCAGUUAUUGAUUGUAAUUAUUUAUUUUGUCAUACGUAUUAAAAUGUGCUUUCUGGCCUCCGCUGAUGGUCACAAAAAUAAA